GUUUUGUAUAUUCAGGGAAUUCUGAAGCGUGUGCUGUGCACUGAGGUUGGAGACGCUCUUUGGACACGACUGAAGCGCCCUUCUGAGGACACAGUCACACUCAGACAGCCCGUUCUGUGGUUUUGCUUGCCAGGAUGGGAUUCAGGGUGAGCUUGCUGCUACUCGCUCUCGUCGUGGUUAUCGUGUCUGGCCAAAAGAAACGCCCUGUUAAGAAGGAAUGGAGCUACCGUGAUGGAUCUGAGAAAGUGAGCAUGCGAGGUGUGGCGAAUUUGACUCAAGUUCUCGAUGACUGGAGGUUUGAUAUCCUGAACCAGGUGAAGAACCUUCUGCAGAACGACCACCAGGCCUUGCUGCCUGAUUACGCAAGGAUCCAGCCUCUCUCUGAGGCUUUGGAUGACUUGUACAAGGAGUUCAAUGCCUUGAAGACCCACCUCGGCGAGCUGAUAGAUAAGUUCACUCCCAUCGAAGCCUUCAUCGAUGAGCUGAAGACGAAAAAAGCCAACACCCCUCCGUCCAACCCUCCGGUGCGAAGGAGACUGAUCAGACCUCCAGCUUCAGCUUCGUGAAGCCGCUGAGCUUCCAGAACUUUCCUUUGGAGCUGGUAUUCUCUGCAAAACCAUACGUAGAAAUAUAUCUAUCUAUAAAAAACAAAACAAAACACCACAGUAUGCUUUGAUAAAGCAUUUUCCUUUUUUUUUUCCUCCCUUCUUUUUAGCAUCUUGUUACUGCAUGUUGCUGGGAAACAGGUAAUGCACAAAAUGCUGAACAAGCCAAAUCGCCCCGUUUUGUGAUUUCGGGUUGCAUGGGAAAGCAACUAUUUGUUCAAAAAUACCAAAGAGACAGUAUAUAUAUAGAUAUACCGGUAUGUAUGUUUUAUGUAUAGAACUAGAUUUAUAGAUUCAUUGUAUUUGAUAUUAUGUUUUAUUUCUACCCACAUAUACUGUAUAUCGAUCAUUAUUUCAAAUUGUAUCUUUCAUCAGUGGAUGAAAUCGAUCCGGAUUUGGUGUCAUGACCCAUUGUAAUAUUAUUUCUAGCAUGUGAGCAAAAGUAUUAGGACAUUAUUGUGCAUUUAUAUCUCUCUGAGCAUGGAAAUGUGGUGUUUCACUUCUUUCGACUCAUGAUCUGAUCUGAGCUACGAAUAAAAUCCGUUUGCAUGGUGAUGCUGAUCAAGCA